CCCGUCACUAAUUUGCCUCAUUCUGUACAUUCCUUUUUUUCAAUUUUAAAGGUUCCUCUUUCACUCGUUUUAUUAACAAUGUUAGCUUAUUUGGUGACUGGUUCAAUUCUUUUUUGUUUAUGGGAAGAAUGGACUUUCUUAGACAGUUUUUAUUUUUGUUAUGUUUCUUUAACAACAAUCGGUUUUGGAGAUAAAUUCCCUGGAGGGUCUGUUGGUAGCAAUAAAGAAGCACAAGAAAAAUUAGUAAUUACCUCAAUAUAUUUACUUGCCGGAAUGGCUUUAUUGGCUAUGUGCUUUAAUUUAGCACAAGAAGAAGUUGUUAAUAAAGUUGCUUGGUUAGCAAAUAAAUUCAAAACUAGAGAUGAUGAAUACGAUUGAAAAAUAAUUACAAAUUGUUUUUUGAUUUUAAGAAAAGACUCAGGGCUCCUAUAAUUUCUUUUUAAUUUUAUAGUAAACUAGCGAAGAGACUCGCCCUUCGGGCGAGUCUCUUCGCUAGCCUAAAACUAUAAAACUUUUGCUUGUUUUUUCCGUCUAUUUAUCUAUUGCCUAAGCAUUAUACUCUAACGAUUUCAAGAACUAAUCAUUAUCAACACAUUUUUAUCUACCCAUUUGCGUGAACACUUAUCUAUUCAGUAUCUGAACUUUUAUAGACACAUUGUCUGUAUCUUAUCUACUCAUUGACGCAACUCUUAGCUACCCAUUGUUUGAACUCUCAUCUACCAAGUAUUUGAGCUUUUAUCUGCUGUCUGUGCUUUUAUCUGCCUAUUGGCUAGAUCUUCGGUACCCAUUGUCUAGACGCUUAUCUACCCAGUGUAUGAACUAUUAUUUACU